CCCGGAGCGUUCCGAUCCAUCCCAUCCCGAACCCUUCUUCCCUUUAAAACCGCGGCCCCUCCCCCUGCGCCGUCCGCGCCCUGCGGUGCGGUGAGAGUCAGGAUGGUGGUCGGGUUCCGCCGCACGAUUUCGUUCCCGGUGCCCAAGUCCCCCAACCCCGCGGCCGCAGGCGCGGGGUCGAGCGCCAACAAAUCUGCGGCCUACCGCGCCCGCUCGGCCAGCCUGCCGUGCCGGUUCCACCCUCUGGUGCUCCAGCUCAACGACGACGUCGCCGACCUGCGGGCGCUGGUGGGGCACCUGGUGCCAGGCGCCACGGCCGGGUCGGUGGCCGAGGGUGCGGAGCAGCUGGGCUGGGUGCUGGUGUCGCUCUCCGAGCUGUUGCACCACCCGCAGGCGCAGGACCCGCUGCGGCGGCUGGGCCGCUCCCCGUUCGCGGAGCGGCUGCUAGACGACUUCCUCCGCCUCGCCGACGCGCACGGCAGCUUUCGGGCUGCGCUUGUCGAGCUCGCAGCGCUCCAGGCCGAGGCGCGCUCAGCGCUGCGGCGGGAGGAACCCGCGCGGCUGGCGUCCGCGGCGCGCGCGCUGCGCCGGUCCGGGCGCGACCUCCCGCGGAUUGCCUCCUCGGCGCGCGCGGUGGCCGCCAAGGCGCCGCCUCCCCCGCCAGCCGACCUGCCAGCGGACGCGGCGGCCAUCGCCGCCGCCAUCGUCGACGCGGCCUCCGCCGUGGCGUCGGCGUCCGCGGCGGUCUUUUCCGGCGUGUCCUGCCUCUCCAUCGCCGCCGCCACGGCGCGCGUGGAGGUCGAGACCACGCCGUGCUGGAUGCCCUCCCCCGCGAGAAUCAGCACGCCGUGCGCCACGCCGAGAAUCACCCACCACGUCAUUACCACCAGACCCUCCUCCAUGCCCCGCAUUUGCUGGGUGGCCGACCUGAUGCGCUGGAUGUCUCGGGCGAAGCGCCGGUCAGCCGAGAGGCAGCAUACCGAUGAUCGUUGCGCUGCUUCCACCGCGCAACACCAGCCCGACGCCACCGUAACCAUGGACCCUGAGGUAAAGGAACGGAAGGCGGCAUUCGAGCGCCUGGACAACCUGGGACGGUGCAUCGCGGACGUGGAGAGCAGCAGCGAGAAGGUGUUCAGAGCCCUGGUCAACACUAGAGUCUCCCUGCUCAACAUUCUCAGCCCAGCCUUCUGAUUCCUGAACGAAGUCCAAACCAUCGGAACCCAGCAAACUCGAUUAAAUUUUGCGACUUUGGAUGAAAUCUGACUGUAUAUAGAAAUUGUGGGCUCAUGAGGUAUAGCAGUGCUAUGUUUUAGGGUGCUCCAUUUUGUUUGCACCAUGGCAUUUAGAAUGGAGCGAAGGAUCUGAUUAUUUUAGUUUUAGAUCGUGAGAAUCUAAUUCGAUCUGUAGAUCUGUGAAAACCCUUUUUACUAGAUUAUGAUUUGUAAGAU